AUGUCAUUAAGACGUCGUGAUGUUGAACAGUGGAUGAGCCAUCGGCGCUUGCCAGAAGAACUAAGAAGGCUAGUUCGACAAUCAGAACGCUAUAAUUGGGCUGCCACCAGAGGGGUAAAUGAAGAAAUGUUGUUGGAGAAUUUGCCUGAAGACCUUCAAAGAGAUAUACGACGGCACCUCUUCAAGUUUGUCAAGAAAGUCCGAAUUUUUUCCCUGAUGGAUGAACCCAUCUUAGAUGCCAUAUGUGAAAGGCUGAGGCAAAAAACAUAUAUCAAAGGAAGCAAAAUAUUAUACCUUGGUGGUCUAGUUGAUAAGAUGGUCUUUAUAGUCCGGGGGAAGAUGGAGAGCAUUGGAGAAGAUGGAAUUACAGUUCCUUUGUCUGAAGGGGAUGUUUGUGGUGAAGAACUUCUCACAUGGUGCCUUGAGCAUUCCUCCGUGUAUAGAG